AUGACGGUGGACAGCUGUGACAUUGGCAACGAGUCCCCCACGAGCCAUACUGCUCGCUCUGUCCGGCCCUCCUGGUCAGAGAAGCGGGGUCACAUUCCCGUCGUCGCCGUGUCCUCUGGGCUGUAUCGCUCCCACACGCUCUGCAGGUUCGGGGACCCCCCCUUCAGGUCCCACAACCGUGCUUGUGGCCGGGCCACUGCUGCUUGUGGAGCGCGGCAUCCGCUCUUGAGGCUGAACCUCUCCUGCGGGGGGAGCUCUGCCUUCUCCCGAGUGGCCCCGAGGCCCCUCACCCUGGAACGAUGGUGUUUUGCAGGCCUGGGCUCCCGGCACACGGGAACGAGGGGACAGAACGGCAGCACGGUCAGCGCAUUCGUCCUGCUGGGCUUCCCCACGGCCCCUGGGCUGCAGCCUGUGCUGUUCCUCCUCUUCCUGCUCACCUACCUCUUCGUCCUGGCGGAGAACCUGGCCGUCCUGCUCGCCGUCCGGAGCAGCUCCUCCCUGCGCAGGCCCACGUACUACUUCCUGGGCGCCCUGUCCGCCCUGGAGAUCUGCUACGUGUCUGCCAUCGUCCCCAAGAUGCCGGACGGUCUCCUCCUGCAGCGGAAGCGCAUCUCCUUUGUCGGAUGCGUGAUCCAGCUCUGUUUCUUCAGCUCCUUGGUGUGCACCGAGUGCGUGUUGCUCCUGGCCUCCAUGGCCUACGACCACCACGUGGCCAUCUGCCACCCCCUGCGCUACCACGCCAUCAUGACCACGGGGCUCUGCGUCCGGCUGGUGGCCUUCUCCUUCGCGUGCGGCUUCUCCGUCUCCGUGAUCAAGGUGUACUUUAUCUCCAGCGCCACGUUCUGUGGCUCCAACGUCCUGAACCACUUCUUCUGUGACAUCUCCCCCGUCCUCAAACUGGCCUGCACGGACUUCUCGACCGCAGAGCUGGCGGACUUCGUCCUGGCCUUCGUCAUCCUGGUGCUGCCGCUCGUGGCCACCGUGCUGUCGUACGGGCACAUCGCCCUGGCUGUCCUGCGCAUCCCCUCGGCCACUGGCCGCUGGAGGGCCUUCUCCACCUGUGCGUCCCACCUCACCGUGGUCACCAUCUUCUAUACGGCCUUGCUUUUCAUGUACGUCCGGCCCCAGGCCAUUGACUCCCGGAGCUCCAAGAAGCUCGUCUCUGCUGUGUACACGGUCCUCACCCCAAUAAUCAACCCCUUGAUCUACUGCCUGAGGAACAAAGAAUUUAAGGCUGCCUUGAGAAAGGUCUUGGGCUAGGUCGAUUUUCACAGUAGGACAAUCAGAUGUCCUAAAGUCUCAUGCAUAGUGAUAACAAAAUGCUAUCUCAUGUCGCACUUUAUGCUUUCGACAGUCAAUUUGCAAGUGAAAUUUAGCAAACUGCAGAACCGUGCACAAAUCAUA